CCACAGCCUCAGUGAUUAGCACACAGAGGACUGUUCUGCUCCAGUGAUAAAGCAUUUCUUGGAGAGAUCAUCAGUAAGGAAGAAUCUUGAAGAGACUAUUAUGGCUCUUGCUGUUGUGCAUUUUUUACUGAAGACUCCAAGUACUGUGUCCCUGUGGGCUCCCCUGAGAAGAUCUCUCCAACUUUGCAGCCAGUGCUACCCAGCUCAUGCUUCUUUGAGUUAUGAAGUCAUAAAACAACAGUACAGACCAGAGGUGCCAGAAUACUUCAACUUUGCAAGAGAUGUGCUGGACAGAUGGACUGAAGUAGAAAAGGAGGGGAAAAAGUCUAAAAACCCUGCAUUAUGGUGGGUAGAUGGUGCUGGAGAAGAGGUGAGAUGGAGCUUUGAGGAGCUGGGAGUGCUGUCCAGGAAAGCAGCAAAUGUACUCUCUGAUGCCUGUGGUCUGCAACGGGGAGACAGGGUUAUUCUGAUUCUGCCCCGGAUCCCGGAGUGGUGGCUGGUGAAUGUGGCCUGCAUGAGAACAGGAACUGUUUUGAUUCCUGGCACGGAGCAGUUGACAGCGAAGGACAUUCUUCAUCGACUGCAGAAAUCCAAGGCAAAGUGUAUCAUCACCGGUGAUUCUGUGGCACCAGCAGUGGACUCAGUUGGGGCUGAGUGCCAGUCUCUGAAAUGCAAGUUGCUUGUGUCAGAGGGCCACAGAGAAGGAUGGCUGAACUUUAAAGAUCUGCUGAUAAAUGCUGCUUCUGAUCACCACUGUGUGACCACAAAGUGUCAAGAUCCAAUGGCUAUCUAUUUUACCAGUGGAACUACAGGAUCUCCAAAAAUGACUGAACAUUCCCACAGCAGCUAUGGUAUCGGCCUCACAGUAAGUGGCAGGUACUGGCUGGACCUGACCUCCUCAGAUAUACUUUGGAAUACAUCAGACACAGGCUGGGCAAAGUCAGCUUGGAGCAGCAUUUUUUCGGCAUGGAUUCAAGGGGCAUGUGUAUUUGUACACAAGAUGCCACACUUUGACCCCAGCAUUGUCUUUGAGACCCUGUCAAAAUUUCCCAUAACUGUCUUCUGUUCUCCUCCAACCGCCUACCGCAUGCUUGUGCAACACAGACUGUCCAGCUGUGCGUUCAAGAGCCUGCGGCACUGCGUGAGUGCUGGGGAGCCAAUCAACCCUGACGUGAUGGAGGAGUGGAAAGCGCACACUGGGCUGGAUAUCCACGAAGGCUAUGGACAGACAGAAACGGUGCUGAUCUGUGCAAAUUUUAAGGGAAUGAAAAUCAAACCUGGCUCUAUGGGAAGGCCAUCUCCAGGGUAUGAUGUCAAGAUUAUAGAUGAAAACGGUAGUGUUCUACCUCCUGGGACAGAAGGAGAUAUUGCCAUCAGAGUAAAACCUACGAGAUCACUUUUUCUUUUUACUUGCUAUGCUGAUGAUCCAGAGAAAACGGAAGCAACAAUACGUGGAGAUUUUUAUGUCACUGGAGACAGGGGCAUUAUGGAUGAGGAUGGAUACUUCUGGUUUGUUGGAAGAGCUGAUGAUGUCAUUAAUUCUGCUGGAUACCGGAUUGGACCAUUUGAAGUGGAAAGUGCCCUAAUUGAGCAUCCUGCAGUGGUGGAAUCUGCUGUUGUCAGCAGUCCAGACCCCAUCAGAGGAGAGGUGGUGAAAGCCUUUGUUGUUUUAACAUCUGACUACACUUCACAUGAUCCAGAAAAACUUGUGAAAGAGCUCCAAGACCAUGUUAAGAAAGUUACUGCUCCAUACAAGUAUCCUAGGAAGAUGGAGUUUGUCCAACAGCUGCCAAAAACUGUUAGUGGGAAGAUCAGAAGAAAUGAACUGCGUCAGAAGGAGUGGGGAACACAUUAGAAGCACUUGGGGUUUUAUAGGAUUUUUAACAUAGUGAGAUAUUGCAGACUUCCACAGUAACAUAGAGUAAAAGACAUUGUACUGUGUCCUCCUUAGUUUAGGUUUGAACAAAUUCUUACCUGAUUCCCAGCACUUGGCUGUCCCAGGUGCCACACUAAGAGCUAAUUGUACUCAGACAAAGGAAAUGGGAAAUUCACAUGCCAAUCAUGCAAUAGGUGAGGUGUGUUAAAUAAAGUG